AUGAAGGGAUGGAGGAAUAAAGUAAACGAUUACAACCCAUAUUUUGUACUUGGGGAUCUUUGGGAGUCUUUAAAGGAAUGGAGUGCAUAUGGAGCUGGAGUUCCUCUUGUGUUGAAUGAAAGUGAUUCAGUUGUUCAAUACAAUGUUCCUUAUUUGUCCGACAUUCAACUUUAUGUAGAUCCGACAACACCCCUAACCAAAAGAAGUAAGACUUGGUGUGGCUAUUGCAAGAGCGUGAAGAAACUGUUCUCUGAGCUUAACGUGUCCUACAAGGUUAUCGAACUGGAUGAAGAAAGUGAUGGAGGUGAAAUCCAAUCCACUCUUAAGGAGUGGACCGGUCAGAGUAUUGUUCCUAAUGUAUUCAUAGGUGGGAAGCACAUUGGUGGCUCGGAUGCUAUUAUGGAGAAGCAUCGAGCUGGGAAGCUGGUGCCGUUGCUAGCCGAAGCAGGUGCCAUUGCGAAUGCCUUUGCACAGCUAUGA